ACUACGAGCCCUGUGCUGCAGCCUGCCCUGCCACCUGUGUUGACCCAAUGGCUCCUGCUACCUGCAGCCUGCCGUGCGUGGAGGGCUGCGUGUGCGACAGCGGGUACCUGCUCUACAACGACCAAUGCGUGCCCAGCCAGCAGUGCGGGUGCUGGCACAAUGGACAGCACUACCCCGUGGGCUCGGAGUUCUGGACGGACAACACCUGCUCCUCCAAGUGCAAGUGUCCUGCGCGCGGAAGCAAAGUCCAGUGCUCCAGUGCCUCGUGCCCUGCAGGCCAGUACUGUGGGGUGCAGAACGGGAAACCCGAGUGCCUUGAACAAUCCUUCGGCAUCUGCCACGUCCACGGUGACCCUCACUACAACACCUUUGACAAAGUGACGCACAACUUCAUGGGCAACUGCACCUACACCCUGGCCAAAGUGUGCUCCAACACCACCUCCCUGCCCUACUUCAAUGUUGAGGCCAAGAACGAGCACCGUGGGAACACCAGAGUGUCCUACGUGCGCGAAGUCCUGGUGGAGGUGUACGGAGAGCGCAUUGCCAUCGUGAAGAAGGAGAAGAGCCAAGUGCUGGUGAACAAUGUGCGCCAGACCUUGCCGGUGAGCGCAGCGGGAGGUGCCAUCACGGUGAGCAGAAGUGGCCGCUACAUCGUCCUGGAGACAGACUUCAACCUCAGAGUGUCCUACGAUGCUGACCACUCGGUGGAGGUGAAGGUGCCCACCACCUACUUCAACAUGACCUGUGGCAUGUGCGGGAACUUCAACAACCGGAGAGAGGAUGACUACAUGAUGCCCAACGGGCAGCAAGCUGCAGACUCCAAUGCGCUGGGGGAGAGCUGGCAGGUCCCAGACGACGACGCCUCUUGCGGUGUCCCUGUCCCCUCCCCACCCUGCAGUGCAGAAGAGGAGAAGCUCUACCAAUCGAACCAGUUCUGCGGCAUGCUGACUGCCAGGCCUGGCUCUUUUGAGAAGUGCCAUGCCGUGAUCAACCCCCAGAGCUACUUUGAGACCUGUUUCUAUGACCUUUGUGCCCUGAGUGGUGGCCAGGACGUCCUGUGUGCUGCUCUGGAGGCCUACGCGGAUGCAUGCCAGGCAGCCGGUGUGACUCUUCUUCCCUGGAGGAAUGCCACCUUCUGCC